AUGGCAAUGAAGAUUAUUGUGUUCCUAUUGGCCGCAGCGGCAUUUGUGAGCGCCAUCAACGGGAGGACCAUGGCGGUUCACGAGAGUGGGGCUGACAUGGAGGCGGAGCAUUUCCGCCCCCACUUCAAGCCGUAUCCCGGCUUCUUAGGUGGAUACAGAGGCGGCGCUGGGGGCUUCCGCGGAUUUGGCGGAGGAUUUGGGAAAGGCGGAGUUGGCGGAGGAUUUGGGAGUGGCGGAGUUGGUGGAGGGUUCGGUGGGUGGGACAGGUCGAGUGGCGGGGCAGGAAGCGGAGCUGGUGGGAUUGGAAGCAGCAAGCGCGGUGGUGGCAAGAGCCACGCUGGCAGCAGUGGCGGUGAUGAUAUUGGUGCACCUGGUGACUAUUCUGACGAUGGAUCGUCUCCAUGA